GAUGGACUCGUCUCCUGCGAAGACCAAUCUGCCGGCGCGGCUUCCACGAAUUGGAAAAACCGAUCCUUUCAAUGCGCUGAUCCAGAAGCUUGCAAGGUAGAUACUUUACAGAUCUCAUUGAGAAACCCAUCACGUUUGAGGAAUUCCGUACCACUCAAGACCAUCUGCUCACACCGCUGUGUCGACACUUGCUCCAUGACGUACAUCACCCUGCCCUGGUUGCAGCACUGCUGCCAUUUUGUCACCCUCGAGGCCGACGAGGAGCAGGGGAUCCAUGCCGCAAGGGGAUUCGCUUGUGAAGCCGUUGCUACGAGGUUUAUUAUUGGCUUGGCCGACAGAGAGAUCAUCGACUCGCUUCUGUACGAAUUAGAGAUUCCUGAUAACUCGGAGAUUGACGACCAAGUCGUGGAUGAGAAUCAGCCAGAGCUCUUAUCGCCAGCUACCGAACAGUCNCCUCUGCUGCCACGAUCAAGUCUACGUUCUCGUGGAAGCUACAGGAGCAGAAUCACCAUCCCGGAGUCUUAUGACGGUGUCGCUGAAGACUCAUCUGCUGCUGUUACUAAUGCCGAAUUGGCCGAGCAAUUCGACGGUCUCAAUGCGUUGGAGAUUGCGGCUGUAUCUGAAGCCAAAAAGUUCCUAUGUCAGAAGCAGGUCCAAAGAAUCAUCAACGCAAUCUGGACUGGAGAUAUCAUGUUCUGGAACAAACUUAGCGCUGAUGCACAGAAAAAGGCGCAGAUUUACCAACGCAAAUCCAUGGAUCCUUUCUGUCGCCUGCGUGUCCCCAUCUAUCUCAAGGCCUUUGAAGUGCUCUUCUUUGUGGCAUUUCUGGCAUUCUAUUAUGCUGUCUUGAUGCAACGUUCGUUCUACUCGGUGACUACAGCUGAAGUCUUCCUCUACAUCUGGAUCGCAUCGUUCGCUCACAACGAGAUUGGAGAGUUUUGGGAUGCAGGCACCACAACAUUUUAUCUUGCAGACUUCUGGUCCCUCUGGGACUUGUUCGCNAUGAUCGGCCUUCAUCAAGGGAACGACAAGAUCAUUGAUACAUCCUUCGAUAUCCUCGCACUCGAGGCGUUGUUUCUCAUCCCUAGAAUAUGCUCUCCUCUGCUCUCUCUGAACUCUUACUUCGGCACGCUGCUUCCAUGUCUUACUGCUAUGACGAAGGACUUCUUAAAAUUUCUUUCGCUUGUGGCAAUAUUGUACUGUGGCUUCUUGUCAACUUUCUGUUUGCUAGGCAGAGGCCAGUUCACCUUCCGCCAGAUGGCUCUCAUCUUAACGAAGGUUUUCUUCGGAAGCUCAUAUCUGGGCUUUGAAAUCAGCGAUAAGAUUUCACCUUAUCUCGGACUGCCACUCAUGCUCGUUUUUGUAACACUUCUGCUGACCUUUGACCAACUACAGNNAUUGACGCAGAUCCUUCUGGUUACCUCGCUCAUCUCGAUCUUGUCCAACAGUUUGAGCAACGUUUUGUCGCAUGCCAGAGAAGAGUAUCUCUAUGUCUACUCGGUCUUUGUGCUCGAAGCAUCUACAUCGAACAGACUCACCUACUUCAUCCCUCCUUUGAACCUUUUCUCAUUGGCUCUUAGACCUCUGAGACUGUUCCUCUCUUCCGAACAGUUACGCUACAGUCGCAUAGUGGUUCUCAAAAUGACGCAUUUGCCUCAUGUACUGCUCAUAAAUUUGUACGAGAAGAUGCAGUCUGUUCGUAGAAAGAACACUACCGGAUUCGGCCUCGGAUCACCCCGAGGUAUCGAAAAGCCACCUGGUUGGAGACGAUCUGUGUUGAACAAGAGGCUUCCAUCACGAUACCCGCUGUUGGCGCCAAAUUCGAGACCUACCACAGGUGUCGACCAAUCGCAGGUCUCGCCGGGCUCACAGGCUUCGGCCCCUGCAGCCAUUAACAACGAUAUCAAGGCCGUGCUCGAUCAGCUCACUUUGCAGAUAGGACAGCUUAAAGGCGUUAUCGAAGAACAAGAGCGUCAGCUCCAAGCGAACGAUGACUAA